GUCUUUACAACUGUAUCGGAUCGGAUCGUUUACUUUUUAUUUUUCAGAUGCAUUUACAUUAAUAUUCGUUAUCACAACCUGCAACACCUGAUGCACAUUAUACUAAUUAACUAAACGAAGAGAUACAAGUAUUCGAUUACAGUUAUUUAUUGCAUUACUUACAAGAGAAAUUUUGUAUCCCGAAAAAGGAUACUCGGUAUAAUAACAGAUAAGUAGUUUGGCAACGCAGUAACAGAAAAAUCAGUACACCAACAUUACUGAAGAGCAGAAAUAUUUCAGAUGGCUGUAGUCUAAUGGGUGGUGUGUUGAUGGGUUUACAUUUUUAAAGAAAAAUGCCUAAUGUUUAAGAUCUGGAUUUCUACUAUUGGAAACAAAUUACAGUACGAUUAAUUAAAUUUCCAUUAGACAAAAUGUCAAUUUUACUUUUCAAAACGAGGUCAGUACUACAAAACAUGCAUGCAAGAUUCACGAAUUUUGUAUCUGGGUUUAAUUACUUGAAUUCUAUAAAAGUAAAAUAAUGUAAAAUGGAACUGAAAGUUUGGGUUGAUGGAAUUCAAAGAAUAGUUUGUGGAGUAACUGAAACAACAACUUGUCAGAAUGUAGUAUACGCAUUAGCUCAUGCUACAGGUAAAUCUGGUCGUUUUACGCUUAUUGAACGUUGGAGAAAUAAUGAAAGGCAAUUAUCACCACAUGACACCCCAUUACAGGUUCUGCUUAAAUGGGGGGAAUAUUCGAACGAUGUUCAGUUUAUAUUGCACAAAAUCGAAACGAUGGAAAAAUACGUCACUGCAAACAGUCCAAAAUUAGCUUUUCAACUUGACCAGUAUUCCAUAUCUACUCCCAAUACUACACCAGAACCGUUUGUACUUUUAAAUAAUUCGGGCAAUUGUUUCAAUCAAAAAGUAUGCUUUUCACAGGAAGUCAGCAUGCGUCAGUCACACAGGUUUAGUCCUACGAAAGGAAAGAGUACAGAUAAUGAAAUAACUAAUCUACCAAAAAGUAAAGUAGUUUUAUUAUCUUCUGGACCUCCACCCUAUAGAGAUCCUCCUCCGCCAAACUUGUCAGCAUGCAAUGACAUUAAAAAAUAUAUUCCACAGGAUUAUAAUAAAACUCAAGAAAAUGUAAAUGUUAAUAGUCAUAAGUUAAAUGUAAAAAGAAAACUUAAUAACACUAGCUCUUCUACUAAUGUCCACUAUAAGGAACUUAUUUCUCUAGUAAAUAAUCAAAAAGAAAAACUCGCUUCUCAACAAAAUGAUUUGGAAAAGUAUAAUGCCGAAAUUUUGUAUUGGGAAAACGAAGGACGAGAAAAGGAAACUCAGUUAGAACGACUAUCUCAAGAAAUUUCAUCAAUGAUGAGUAUUACAAAAAUAAACAGUGUACAGAUACAGGCAUUAUAUUAUAUAGAAGAAGAGUCGGAAAUAGUAAAGCAACAAGCAAAAACGUUAUCCUCAGAAAUAACACUGUUGCGAUCAAAAUUAGCAAAUUGUGAAACAGAACUUCUUCAACGUAAGAAUAAAAUUAGAUUAGUCAUGGAGGAAUUACAAUCAGAACAAAAGCUACAAUCUAGAAAAAGUGAAAAUCGGCAACAAUUAGAAAAAAAUCUUUUAUUAGAAAUCGAAAAAUUACAAAAAGACAUGGAACAGACCAAAUAUAGUACCGAGGAGUACCACAUGACGGCAGAAGCUUUGAAGAAUCAAGAAAAUAACAAUAAACGAUUUAAGGUCGCCGCACUGGAAACGAUUAUAAUUGAAAGAAAAAGACAAUUGGAACGAUUAGUGCAAGAAAUGAAAGAGGAAAAUUUACGAAGUCUCAGUAUCGCUCCUUCUGAGGAAGUAAAAUAUUUGUUCGAGGGACCAAAUCGGACGGGGAGCACACGAAAAAUGAUAGGAUCUCCGCGACAGCUAGAAAAUGCUGUACCUACAAAUAAAAAUCCACACGGGGUUUGGGUUUAGUCAAAGAUUAUUAAAAUGACUGCAUUUAAUUUUAUUUAUUAUUAUUAUUACAAACAAAUAUAAUGUCCUUAAUAGCUGUACUGUCACCUUUUAUUAUUAGCAAAUAUUGUAUAACUAUAUAAAAGUUUAUCGAUUUUAUCUUGUAUAAAUGAAUAUUUAAAUAUUACGUAAAUAAAUACGUGCUAGUUAAUAA